UGGAAUUUUCUUCACGGGCUUUGCAACUUUUGCAAGUGUUUAUAUACAUAUUUCAGCUGCGAUUAUUAACAAAGUUGUUUUAUCAAAGUGCGGGUUUGUGCUUAAAUAGUAUUAAGCGUUUGUUUCGUGAAAUACGACAAUGGCGGAGCUCAAGAAGUUAAAAAUAAUGCGCGGCCAAGUCAAGGCAACUAUGACUCGCAUCGAGCAGUUUGUCAACGACCCCAAUACCUUAAAUUCCGCCUCUCUUGAUACUUUGGAGGCUCGAAAAGAGAAGCUAGCCUCUUCCCUCAAAGAUUACGAGGGAAUCCAACUGGACAUAUUGAGCCUUGAUGACAAGGACACAGAGGAUGCAGGUGACUUUGAGGACCGCUACUUUAACACAAUAGCGAAGAUUAAUGAGGCUCUCAGGUCUCUAAGAGGGUCAGAUACAGUUCAAGCUGCUGGUGUCUCUUCUUCAAAGUUACCCCAUGUUGACAUACCAGUGUACAAUGGAAGCCUCCGUCGAGGACCGCUUGGCCUUUGUGCAGGAGAAUGAGAUGUGUGCAGUUUGUAUAAACCCUCACUCAGAUAAACCUUGCAAGUACAAGUUCAAAUGUAAGAUAUGUAAGGGUCAUCAUAAUACCCUUUUGCAUACAGAGGAUGCUGGAGGUGCCAAUCAACCAGUGGCAGCAUCUAUUGUUUUGACAUGUGUCAAGAAAACAUCUAAUAAAAAGGUAUUACCCACAAUUAAAGUUAAAAUUGUUGAUAAAUUUGGCCGUGAUGUUUACUGCCGUGCAUUGCUUGACACUGGCUCAAGUGAAUCCUUUGCCACAACUUCUCUUGUAGAAAGGCUGGGUUUCUCCACUGUGGCAGAAUGUGAAAAUAUAAUUGGUGUAGCUAAACAGACCAUCAUUAUGGAUAGGUCAGUAAUUAUUACUGUGGAGUCUUGUCAAUAUCAAGAUGUUAAAUUUAAGGUUAGCUGUCAUGUUGUAAAAGAUGUAACGGCACAUUUGCCACCACAAUAUGUUGAUUGUUCAGCACUAAAGUUUCCAAGCCAUGUCAAACUUUCUGAUGAAAACUUUAAUGAACCAUCAGAAAUUUCAUUGCUACUGGCAAGUGAUAUUUAUUUUAAUUCAUUAUUAAAUGAUUGUAUCAAAUUGCCUGAAGGACUUGUCUUGCAAAGCACCUUAUUUGGCUAUGUUGUUGGUGGCAAGAUAAACCAAUCUGGUAGUAUUUCAAACAGUACAAAUUUAAUUGAAAAAUUUGUUGAAAUGUGACAAAUUGUAUGUCAGACCUAAUACAAAGCUGUGUCCUUUAUCUCCUGACGAAAUAUUGUAUAUAUCUUGUUAAAUUGUUGUUUUCGAUCUCUACCUAAUGUAAAUUAGCUCACCUUGCCCGGCCCAAUUAUGUUCGAGACAAGUCUCAACAUAGCUGUAAACUUUAUGUUUAAUAUUUGUUGCUUGCAACAUUUGAGAAGAGUUUUGUCUAUGAUGGGCUGUCAAGGGCCUAUUUCGUUCUGUGCUAUAACUGAAUGUACUAGCGUAAUAAUUAGCUUUCAAUAAAAGUUAUUUUUCCUAAUCGCAUUUUGAUUCAAACAGAGAUACUACACUUGGGUUGGUUUUUGCCGAUUUACAAACUAUUUUUCACCUAGUUUAUGACAACUGGCAUAGUUCAUGAGUAUACUCAU